AUGAACAAACACAUAUGUAUCUAUGGAGGCUCUUUUGACCCAAUUACUCAUGCGCACGAAAUGGUCCUGACAGAAGUUAGCAACCUAGACUGGAUAGACGAAAUAUGGGUGGUCCUCUGCAGGUGUCGAGACGAUAAGGACCUCACCGAAUUCCAACAUAGACAUAAUAUGUUUUCCCUAAUCAUGAAUAAUAAUUCGCCUAAGAUGGUAAAAAAUAAAAUUUUUUUAAAAGAUAUUGAAUGCAAAGAAACCAGCACCCCAACUUAUGAUUUGCUCAAAAUGCAAAAGGAGAAAUAUCCAAAUUAUACUUUUUACUUUGCUAUUGGAUCUGAUCUACUGAAUGACAUUUUUUUUUGGGAUAAUGGAGAAGAGCUAGUUGCAGAAAAUAAUUUCAUAAUAGUUGAACGGGGGAAUUUUAAAAUCGAUGAAAAUGUGUUGAAGAAAUUCCCAAGUUACUAUUUAAUUAAAAUUGAAAAUAUGUCUUUUAUUAAUUAUAUUUCUUCAAGUGACGCCAGGAAAAUAUUAUCCCAAAAGGAAAACUCAGAAGAUCUGCACAAGUAUAUUCACCCCGUCAUUAUUGAUUAUAUAAAGGAACAUAAUUUGUAUGAUAAUAGCUCGACGUAG